AACAAAGGAAAAAAGAUGUUAUAUCUGAGGAGCUCAGCCCUCCUUCUGCUGUUGACUCUGCAGUGGGCUGCUGGUUCUCUGGCUCCUCUGUGUCAGACGCCUGAAAGCGAAUGUGAUUUUAUCUGUGACUGUUCAGACUGCAGUGAUGAGCAAAAUUGUGGUUAUAAAGAAAAAACGUUUGAGUGCGACUUUGAAGAUGCAGGAAUGUGUGGAUGGACUAACCAGUCUACAAGUGAAGCAUACACCUGGGAGAGAACUCAGAGAGGGAACACGUUGCCCGACAGUGGGCCAUCUUCAGACUACACCACCGGCACAGCUAAAGGUUGGUUCAUGGCAGUGAGUGAAGUGAAGGCGGAGUCUCUCCAUGCAGCCUUAGUCUCUCCAGAGAUGCAACAGUCUUCACCAACGUGCCGCCUGCGCCUCAGAUAUUUCCUGUGGGACUCAGGUCACACCGGUCUGGGCUCUGCACCUCUGUGGAUGUCCAUCCUUCAUCAGGACUCUCAGGAGGCUGUAGUAUGGCGGCCUGAGGCCUCCAGCAUCCGUGGCUGGAGGGAAGCCACCAUCUUUCUGGGCCGCAUUCCUUCAAGCUUUCAAAUCCGUCUUCACUCACAGCGCUCAGAGGGACAAAGAGCAGAUGUGGCCAUAGACCAGCUGGAGUUUCUGGACUGUGCUUUGCCCUUACCACUCCCUGAGCAAGAGUGUCUGGCAGGGAUGGUGAAGUGUACACGUGGGGGCUGCGUGGAGCAGCGGCAGGUCUGUGAUGGCAGCGAUGACUGUGGCGAUGGGUCUGAUGAGGAGCGCUGCGACGGAUAUCACCAUUGUGACUUUGAGGAUGACCUGUGUGACUGGGACCUCAGGUCAUUUUCUAACCUAAAAUGGAACAGAACAAAUCAGGAGCAAAUCUCCCAAACAGAGCCUCUGAAAGGUCCAGGCAGAGAUCACUCCAACAACACUGCAUCAGGUCACUUCCUGUAUGUCACUGUCCCGGAUGAGGGUCUCUCAGAUGACUGGGCAGCUUUCCAAAGCCGGUCACUUGAACCCACCAAUAGUUCACAUCCUUGCAAGAUGGUGAUGUACACGCACCAGUUUGGGCCGAGGUCCGGUGGUUUGACGGUGUUGGUGGUAGAUCAUCAAAUCACCCCCGUGUGGGAAAGAGGUGGAGCCCUGGGUGACCUCUGGGUGAAGGCAGAGGUCGAGAUUGUAGCCGACUCAGUUUUCCAGAUCUUGAUAAUGGCAGCAAUCAGAGACUUUGAAUAUGGAGGUAUUGCUGUUGACAGCAUCAUAUUGUCUCCUGGAUGCCGUUUGUCAAAUGUGAACAAUAGCAUGGAGGAAAUCCCUAAACCUCCGAAGAACCCAUGCACUGACCCGGAUAAGAUGUGUGACUUUCAUGUUGACUGUGCAGAAGCAGAGGAUGAGAACAAAUGUGGGGAUUUCUCCUACACUAAAGGUAGCUCAGGCUGGACCGACACCAGUACUGGUAGUCAAGGAUGGAUGCUGCAUGAAAACUCCACAACUGAAGAGGUGUACUUGUAUGUAGCUGAGGCUCCAGGCCAACAGCUGACAGAGGCCCAGAUGAGGACUCCUCUCCUGGGUCCCACUGGUCCGGCCUGUAACAUCAGCUUUAAUUAUAUGCUUGCAGGGAGUUCCGAUCAUAUCGGUGAGCUGUCUGUCAGGGUGAUGGACAGCUUGCUGGGCAUUGGGCCUAAAUUGUGGGAGUUCAGUGGGAGGACGGGAACAGAGCAGGAGGCUUGGCAGCAUGCUGAUAUUCAUAUUGGAGUCAGAAAAUAUCGCUUCCAGCUGAUUUUUGAAGCUCAAGCAGAAAAACUUUCUCCACAUGCGAGCAUCAAAGUGAAGAACGUUCGUUUCAUCAGCUGUCACGCUGACUAUUUUCAAUCAUCAGAACUGUCCUGUAACUUUGAGGAUGGACUGUGUGGAUGGUAUCAGGACAACAGUGACAACUUUGACUGGACAGUGCUUAGCGGGUUGGACCACACCAUCGGACCUGGUAGAAGCCUUUCUGUGGACAUGUGGAAUCCCUCCCUCCGUGGGGCAUAUGGGCGAUUGAUAUCAUUUCCACUGUCACCCAGUAAUACAGAACACUGCCUCUCCUUCUUCUACAAACUCUACGGACCAAAUACAGGUGUUCUGAAUGUGAAGCUGACAGAUAAGAACGGUUAUGAGGUCAUCUUGUGGACCCACAGUGGAGCUCACGGCAACAUCUGGCAUGAAGCCCACUGCCCAGUGCCUCCCCAGCUCACAAGAUUUCAGUUGGUGUUUGAAGCAGUUCGCUCUGGAUUUGACGGGCGUGUGGCUAUUGAUGAUGUAACUUUCUUGGCUGGUCCGUGCACCACACCGAGGAUGUGUUCCUUUGAAGGCCAGCAGUGUGGGUACAGCAGCUCCGGUAAGGUUAAGUGGCUCCACCGCAGCGGACACAGCAGCCUGAUGACUGGACCCAAAACUGAUCACACUCUGGAAACUGAACUCGGUUUCUAUAUGAUGGUUCACACCGGAGCAGACAUCCUUCCCCCUGAUGCUACAUCAGUCCUCACCUCCACCGUUCGCCAGGGAAAAGCCAAAACAGAGUGUGUGCAAUUCUGGUAUCAUAUAGGAGGAGAAAAUCCUGGUUCUCUGACAGUGUAUAUGAAGCCUGUUAAGGGAGAGAGGGUAAAGCUCUUCUCUGAUAGCUUGAAUCAAGGAGAUGUGUGGCGCCAUGGCAACGGCAACAUCUCCAGCAACCUUUUGGACUGGCAGUUGGAGUUUGAGGUGAUCGGAGCUGGAGGCAAAGAUACUCACGUUGCAGUUGAUGACAUCUUCAUUUCAGCUCACCCAUGUGAAAGUUUAGGUUCCAGGUGCAGCCUGGAGCGAGGGAUGUGCAGCUGGAGCAACACUCAAAACGUCAACAUGGACAAACUGGACUGGGGCCUUACGAGUUCGGAGAUGGAGCGGCACUACCUCAUCCCAUCUGAGGACCACACUCUGGGCACAGAGAGAGGCCACUUCCUGUUCCUUCCAAGCAGCAACAGGACAGAAGCCAAUCAAAACGCUCAGCUGCUGAGCCCACACCUCCCACCAACUAAAGGCACCUGUCUGAGAUUUUGGGCCUAUAAACCCGAUUCAUCGGACUGCCUGCUGAAGGUGUGGAGGCUCUCAGAAAAGGAUCUCCAUCAGCUGCUGGUGGUGAGCGAGCUGCGGGCGCCAUGGAAACGCUUCGAUGUGAACAUCACUUCAUCUGAGGAGUAUAAGAUUGUGUUUGAGGGAAUUAAAGGAACAUCAGGAGUUUUUGCUCUGGAUGACAUCGAGUACACUGUUGGGAUCAGCUGUGCAAAUGAAGUCACCGAUUUACCAACUUCACACAAGGGAAGUAACGCAGGAGGCAUCGCAGCAUCCGUUAUCGUGGUCCUGCUGCUGAUCGGCACAUUGAUCGCCCUGCUAAUCUACUACCUGAGAUCCAAACCAAGAAACAACGCCACAUCUCAGUCAUUAUCUUCCUCAGCUGGUUUCAGUAAUGAGACAUAUGAACCAGGGCUCACAGACCAUGUGACUGUUCCUCCGGCACAAAACCAUCCAAUGGAAACCGGCUUCAAUCAUGUCUCUUGCCCGGGUGUGCCAGGGAGUGUGGGGGACGAGCAGCCUGUCGAGACGGACCAACAGAGGGGAGAGGGACUUGAGGAAAAGCAGCCGCAUCGUGAGAAAAGCAUAAUGAAGAGCUCAGAUAGACACUUUGAGUUUGGACAUUUGUUGAAGCGUGAUCAGACAGUACACUGGUCUGUAGGUCUGAUUCCGUUCAUCGCAGCUUUGAUUCAGCUGCUCUUUUGGGUAUUUAAACUGUUUAUUUCUAUGUUCAUAAAGUCUUUGACGUAUUCACCUGAAGGGCUUUUUGUCCGGUGUAAAACAGGAAACAGAAGUUCAAACUGCUGAUGGGAGAAGCUGAAAAACAACAGAGCAUUUUCAUGUCAGUCAAAUGAUGUUAUUUUUUUCUAUACUUAAAUUGUUUUUAGUGUAAUACUGUAUAAACCCCCAAAAAUAACUCAUACAUGAGUAAUAAAGCAAGUUGUAAUGGUGAAAGGUGCAACAACAUAAAAAGGCUUGAUCUUAUAUGAGUGGAAGGUGGUUUAUAUGAAUCCUUUUUUUCAACAUUUUGUGCAGCUGACCACUUAUAGUUUAAAUAUGUGCAUAAUGAAGAUUGUUUGUCAACCUGAAAAGACAAAUGAGGCACACUGCAGAUCAUGCUGAUCAUAUGUGAAGUUUUCAGCUAAUAGUAUUUUGGAAUCACCUUAUUCUGCAAAACUACAGUAAAUGUAUCACAAAA